CUUGGCUGUUGGCUCGUCGUCCUCAUACAGUCAUCCUCAUCCACUGGCAGUCCACUCCGUGUUCGCAGAGACCGACCCCUUCCCCUCCCCUACCAGCUAGCUCUGGAUCUGGACGGAGACCCAGGAGCACUUUCCCCACUGGCUCACUGUGGAUCAUCCUCCGGCUAAGAACUGGUGGCAGACUUAGGUUACCAAAUACAGAUAGAUCAUCCACACACUUACUACCAAGUACCAACAAGCUGCUGUGAGUGCAGGAGACACCUCCUGAACUUGCUGCUUGCAGCAUGGAGCUGGUGACGGGUGCGAUGGGGAGCCUGCUUCCCAAGCUGGGGGAGCUGCUCAAGGAGGAGUACGGCCUGCAGAAGGGCGUGAGGAAGAAGAUCCAGUCCCUCUCCCGGGAGCUCGAGGCCGCGCACGCCGUCCUCCGCAAGAUCGGCGACGUGCCACCGGAGGAGCUCGACGAGCUGGUCAGGCUCUGGGCGCGCGAUGUCAGGGAGGCAUCCUACGACAUGGAGGACAUCGUCGACACGUUCCUGGUGCGCGUCGAUGACGGCACCGAUUCUGCCGACGCACACAGGCUCAGGCGCCUCCGCAAGAAGGUGGGCGGCCUCUUCAAGAAGAGCAAGGCUCGCCGAAAGAUCUCUUGCCUGAUCCAGGACAUCACCCAGAAGCUCGAGGAGGUGGCAGCAAGGCGUGGCAGGUACACGGCUGACAGCAUCGUCGCUAAGCCUGCAGCUGCCACGACCAUCGAUCCUCGAAUUCUUAAUCUGUACAAACGGGCAACACAGCUUGUUGGCAUGGAGGGGCCAAAGGAUGAGCUCAUAAGCAUGCUGUCCCUAGGAGAUGAUGUUGAUGUGCCCGAUAAGAAGAUGAAGAUUGUUUCUGUCGUUGGAUUCGGAGGAUUGGGCAAGACCACCCUUGCCAAAGCUGUCUACGACCACAUUAAACUGCAUUUUGAGCGUGGCGCAUUUGUUCCAGUGGGUCGAAACCCUGACGUGAAGAAAGUUCUUAGAGACAUUCUAAUUGAUCUUGAUAAGGGGAAGUAUGCCAAUUCAGAUUUGAUGGUGUUGGAUGAAAAGCAGCUAAUUGAUGAACUUGAGGAGUUCGUCAAGGAAAAGAGGUGCUUCAUUGUUAUUGAUGACAUAUGGGACAAGGAAUCAUGGAAUUUAAUCAGAUGUGCACUUCAAGAUAGUAAUUGUGGAAGUAGAGUAGUGGUGACUACUCGAAUUUCUGAAGUGGCUGCACAUGCAGACGAAGUUUACAAAAUACAACCACUUUCUAGUGAGAACUCUGAAAAAUUAUUGUAUGAAAGAAUAGCUGAUGGUAAAGGGAAGUGUUUUGAUAGUCCAUCUGUUGAGGCAUGUGAAAGAAUUUUAAAGAAAUGUGGUGGUGUGCCAUUAGCAAUCAUUACAAUAGCCAGUUUGUUAGCCAGUAAACCAUGGGAGGACUGGUCUGAGGUCUACAACUCUAUUGGUUUUGGGCAUGGAGGCAACGAUGAGGUAGAAAAUACUAGAAAGAUAUUGUUGUUUAGCUAUUAUGAUCUGCCAUCACAUCUAAAGCCUUGCUUAUUAUACCUAAGCAUAUUUUCAGAAGAUCAAGGGAUAGAGAUAUAUAGUUUGAUAUGGAAGUGGAUAGCUGAAGGUUUCGUCCAUGAGGAACAAGCAGCAGGCAUCGGAUUAUAUGAGCUCGGUGAGAGGUACUUCAAUGAGUUGAUAAACAGAAGCAUGAUCCAACCAGUGGAGAUGUAUGUUAAAGGGUAUGUAGAGGGUUGCCGUCUUCACGAUAUGGUUUUUGAUUUGGUCCGUUCAUUAUCGAGCCAAGAAAAUUUUGUCACUGUAUUGGACGGUGAUGACGAGCGACUGAAACUUCCGGGAAGCAUUGCUCGCAGGCUAGUCUUGCAGCGUAUCAAAGAGCACAGCGGCGGUCAACUACUAGCUAAUAUCGCUGUGGAUAAAGUCAGAUCUUUUAUUGCCAGUGAGUGCAAUUUUAGCUCGUCAGCAUCAUGCCCACGCACUCCAGUUUUGCGUGUAUUAGAUAUGCAAAAUUGUUAUACUGCAGAAAAGAUACACGAAGGUAUGCUGGAGCGUCUUGGGAGUUUACUUCACCUGAGGUACCUCCGUCUAGGAGCACCAUCAACUUCAGUUAGUAAUAUCGAACUGCCUAGGGAAGUGAGAUAUCUCAAGUUUCUGCAGACACUGGAUUUGUGGGAAUUCGGCAUAAAUGAGCUGCCCGAGGAGGUGGGACUGCUGACACAACUGGUUUGCCUACGUCUUAAUUUAGAAACAAGGGUUCCCGCUGGUUUGAUCGGUAAAUUGACCUUGUUGCAAGAGCUGGUAUGGUUUCCUACUAAUGUUGAUGCUAAUGUUGCUAGAACAAUGCAGUUUGUGAAGGAGCUGGGCAUGCUUAGGGAACUGGGGGUUCUCUGGACUCAGAUUAAUGUUACGAGCGAGAGCAUGGAGAGAGCUUUGCUGGAGUCCCUAGGAAAUCUGCACAAUAUUCGAAUGAUGCAUAUUAACGGCUCAACGCCACAAAAUGGUAACAGCGCGACGAGUCAUGAAGGAUUCAUCACCUGUCGUCAUCUCCAAUAUCUGCAUUUGAACUGCUUCGUGUUCUCUAGACUGCCUAAGUGGAUAAAGUCAUCGCUUGCUCCAAACCUCUCCUAUCUGUAUGUACGAGUGCAAGUUGUCAAAGGGCAGGACAUAGAAACCCUUGCGAGGUUGCCAGAGCUCCGUAGCCUCACACUGAAAUCGUGUGACGAAACCGAAAUAGUUAAUAUAAAGAUUCCCUGCACGUCUCAAGAUGUUGGCUACUACUUUCGGAAGUUGAGAAUCUUGAAAAUACACGGUGCACCAAUCUGGUUUGAUCUGGGUGGCUGUGACUGCCACACUAGUGUAGUAGCACCUGCUACCAUGCCAAGUCUUGAAUCCCUUGAGUUUAAAGUCUGUGUGCGGCUCUUAAAAGAUGCGGCCCUGCAUAGUUUUGACAAGUUGCUUGGUUUCGAGAGCCUCGGAAGAACAUCGCUCCAAGUAGUCACCGUGACAGUGAACUGUAAAGGUGCUCGUAUUUUGGACGUGGAUGAUGUGGAGGAUGCGUUGGAGCGCACGGCCGCCGUCCAUCCCAAACGUCCCAAUCUUCGAACAACAUGGCAGGAAGAAGAAAUGCUCUCACCCUACCAAGAGGCACGUAUGGAUGUCAGCAGAACCCCUGACUUCGUAAUGAAGGCAUGGAAGUCGGCGGACAUCAUUGACUCUGGACAUAUUCGAGCACUGCGUAUUCUACAAGAUCCAGAAGCAUCUUCCACCAAAGUUCUCCGUCUUCUGUAUGCAAUUAAGGGGAAAUGCCUUUUGACACUCAGCUCCAAUGCUAUUCUUAAGCUGUGGAAAUGGGGGCCCAGUGAAAAAAAUUCUCGUGGCAAGCCCGCCACAUCUGUUCCACCUCUACUAUGGCAACCCGAAGAAGGCAUUCUAAUGAAAAAUGACACUACCGAAGCCAACCCAAGGGAAGCAGCUGGCUGCAUUGCCCUAUGCAAAAAUGAGUGGCGUAUAAUUUCUUCAUCAGGUGGUAAAGUCUCACUGUUCAAUGCAAAUAAAUUCAAGGUCAUUACCACUUUCAUGGCACCUCCACCUUCCACAACUUUCCUUACAGUCCACCCACAAGACGAUAACAUCAUUGCUAUUGGAAUGGAGGACUCUUCAAUUCAAAUCUAUGAUACCAACAAUAAUGAGGUUCAAAGGGUGCUCAUGGGCCAUCAGAAAAAAGUAACUGGACUGACAUUCUCGCAAUCGAAGAAUGUGCUUGUAUCUUCAGGUGCUGAUGCUCAGCUAUGUAUUUGGAGCACAGACAACUGGGAGAACAAGAAAUCAAGAUACAUCCGACCUCCAUCCAGUGGUUCAGCUUUAGUUGGUGAUAUAAUGGUGCAGUUUCACUACAACCAGACACAUCUUUUAGUAGUUCAUGAGAGCCAGCUGGCGAUCUACGACGGGAAGCUUGAAUGCCUACACUCGUGGUCCCCAAGAGAUGCACUCCCUUCUCCAAUUUCAAGAGCAGUAUACUCAUCUGAUGGCCUCAUGGUCUAUGCUGGAUUUUGCGAUGGAGCAAUUGGAAUAUUCGAGGCGGAAUCUCUUAGGUUACAAUGCAGGAUUGCACCUUCUGCCUACAUACCUUCUUCAGUACCUAGCGGUGAUGAAACUGUUUAUCCCAUGGAUGUUGCUGCGAAUCCCUGGUAUCCUAACCAGAUCGCAGUAGGCAUGAGCGAUGGUGCCAUUCAUGUGCUGGAGCCAUUAUUGGAAGAUUGAUUAACUGAUGCGGUGACCUGGUCAGCAGUGCCCACUCUGUUCAGCUGGCUGUGGCCGGUGGCUAGUGCUGAUUUGUUGUGAAAGAAAAGAACUGGUGGCUGGCGCUGCCUUAGUGCGAGAGAAAAAUAUUGUUGGCUGGUUGGCUAACCAACCAGUGAUCUGGUUGUGCUGGAAGCUGGAUGGCAACAUAUAUAUGUUCUCAGGCUAUGAUUACGUACAUAUUUAGUUAAUAAUUAAUUGGUUUGUUUGUUAGAUAUUCAGUCAAAUAAGUGGAUGCCACCACCGGCUAGUGCCAUGUCUGCAUGGCUGGCCGCGUGGCUCGAUCCAUGGUCAUCAGGGGCUGCCGCCAACGAUGAUGACGCGGCAACCGCAUGGGCUACACGACGAUGGAGGCCGGAGGCCGGCUUAUCAUUAGUCAGACCUAUAUCUGUCUAUGUUGCUUGCAAAUUAAAGAAAUCAUGCAUGUUGGCAAAUAAACGUCUAGGAGGAUUUGCUUGA